AGGAUCACCUGGAGAUGGGUCUCAGGGUCCUGCUGGCUUUAGUCCUGCUCCUGCUCACAGCCAGAGGAAUCAUCAUUGAUGACGACCCGCGGACUCUCACCUGUACCGAGGGUUUGACCGACUGCCAUGUGAGCUCAGAAUUCAUGUACAAUGUCCCCGUGCUGGAUCUGGAUGAAUCGGUGGAAGUUACGCAAGUGGAGCUGAAUUUCAUCUUGUGUUGCCAGACACGACAAAACUGUGAGCCCUGUCUGCGAAUCACCAUCACAGUCCGAGAGGUGGAGAGCUCUUGGAAUGAUGAGGAAGGUCAAAGGUCGGAAGGGAGCAGUCAUAGGGUGCCACCUGAACCGAAAGUGAAAGUUUGCCGCAGCUCUCCGGGCGACGGUGAAUUUUGCAAGACUCUGGAAUUUAAGACCAGCGACUCGGGUUUACGGCAGCCGGCGCAGGCUCAGCAGUUGCACCUUAAAGAGACAGUGUUUUUUGGCAGUCCAGUGGUGAUCUCCGUGUCUCACUCGAAAACAACGCAGCACAUAAGAAACAUCACGAUUCCAACUUUAGAAGAAGUUUGCUCCAUGAACCUUCAGGUGAAUGUCAAAGACUGUGAGGUCCCAAGAAUUCAUGUGGUGAAGGAGCCACAGAGGAAUGUGGUGCGGCUACAAGUGGAGAACAUGAUGGACAGAAAAGAAGAGCUGAUGUAUCAGAUGGUUUGGAAUGAAAUACAUGGACGCGCUCUGAAAUGGCCUAUAGGCGAACCUGUGCUCGACAUCUCUUCAGACGUCAUCGUGCCAUGUCUGUGUAUCCAGGCGUGGUGGGAGAGGAGAGGAAUCCGAAGUGAGACGUGCCCUUUCAGAAAGCAUCCAGGGGCCCUUGAGAGAAUGCUGGCCAACGUGUCGGUGACUGUGGUGGAGGCUCAGGUGAUGGGGGAGGGACUCCUCCUCAUUUGGAACGUGACUGCUCCAUGCAGACUGGAGGCUGAGUUGCAGCUGUGUAAGAGAAACCCAUCAGAUGGUGCCUGUGAGGAGGUCACUGGCUCCAGGCAGAGGUUGCGGGCAGACUGGAGGGCCACACGCACAGGACACUGGACUUCUGGAACUUUUAAUGGGACUGCCCACCCUCUGCUUUGUGUCCAGAUAAAAGUGGCAGGCAUGCAGACGUUCAAGGAGCCACUGUGUCCAUUCCAAGUCACUCGGUGGAGGUGGAGUCUCCUCCUCCUGGUGGGCUUGUUCCUGAUAUGCCUGACUGCACUGGUGGCCUAUUUCAUUCAGGGUGUCUUCAAAGACUACAUGUGCCGGUGGCUGACAGACAGUGACGUUAAAGGGGCCGUGGGUGGUUGUCAUGUGAUCUUGCUCUACCCACCAGCCAAUGACCAGACAUUGUGUGAGCUGGUAUGUCAUCUGGGCUCGUCCCUUCAGACUCUGGGCUUCAGUGUGUCUCUGGAUCUGUGGAGCCAGAGAGAGCUCAGUGAACUGGGCCCGGUGCCGUGGCUGCACUCUCGACUGGAUCGCCUGCGAAGGCAAGGAGGCAAAGUCGUAGUGGUGCUUUCCAAGGCGGCCUGGGUGAGGGCGGAAGAGUGGGGCGCUUGGGAGAGGAGCACACCGAGGGAGAAGAGGAGCAGCCUGGACGCGGGGACAUCUCCGUGCUUGGAUGUUUUCAGCGCCUCUCUCAGCUGCAUCCUGGCGGACUAUCUCCAAGGCCGAGCUGGGGAGCGCUUCAUGCUGGUGCAGUUUGAAUCCCUUCCACCGGAGCCUCCAGGCGGCUGCAAGAUGAUCCCAGAACUUUUCCGUGGACUUCACGUCUACAGUCUUCCAUCCCAGAGCUUGGGUUUUCUAACGGAGCUGGCUGGUGCCCGACAAACGUCCACCGCCUCAGCCAGGAGGAAGAGAGCGGGAGGAAUCCGGAGGGCAUCACAAGCACUGGCGCGAUCAGUGUCAGGGUUCACAGCGGGGGGCACCAUGCUGCGUAUGGCAGGCAUGCCCCAGACUUGUGUCGGGGUCGGACUGGAAGAUGCCGCAGAAAGUGUGCCUCUGCAGUUUGUUUCAGUUUCAACCUCCUCCAGUCCAGAGUCAAGCCCCUAGGACGACACUGAGACAGCUGAGAGAGGAAAAUAUUGGAAAUAUUUGAUCAUAACAUCAGGAAAUCAGCGCCUCUUCUUUAUUAGAACACUCAUAAAAUCUUACUCAGCAUGUAGCUCCACCUUAAUAUUUUCAGGUCAGAGUGUAUUGAAGUGUAAACAGUCAUCUGUGAGAAGGUCUCAACACACUACACUAUACUAUGUAAGCACUAUGUGCAAGUCAAUACAUGUGUGAAUAUGUUUUAUUAUGCAUUUGUUUUGCGUUAAAAAAAUAAAUAAACC